GAAGACGGCACGUUUGGCACGUCGUUCUCCGAGAUUAGCAGAAGCUAAGACACCCCGCCACAUAUAAGGGCGCCGAAUCCCGUUUAAAAACUAUAUUAUUACCAGGUUGAAGUUACUAGCCGGGAGGGAAAAGGGGCGCCACUUUUGAGGAAGCUGCUCUCCGGAACGUUGUGAAGCACCAGUGUGCACUGACGUAACGCGGCGGCGGGGCUGGAUCUGCUCUCCUCACUGCGUUCACAGACGGAUAUGAUAAACCAGCGCUGAUACACCGAAGCACCAGUCAGCUCUGGCCAUGGCGGAAGAGGACGACGGGAGGAUUCGGAUUUUACAGAGCCUGCGUGGGAAAAUAUGUGAAGCUAAAAACCUGGGCCCUGUCUCGGGACCAAAUCGUCAGAGGGAUCUUUGCACGUUCUGCACCAUCAGUUUGGAUCAGGAAGAGGUUUUCCGCACCAAGGUGUUCGAUAAAAGUCUCAGCCCAUUCUAUGGAGAGGACUUCUACUUUGAGAUCCCCCGCCCAUUUCAGUGUUUAUCCUUCUACGUUUACGCCAAAAUCGUUUUUCAAAGGGAGUUGACAGUUGGGAAGGUGUCUAUCAGGAAGGACGACCUGUGUAAAUAUAGUGGCAGAGAGCACUGGUUCAGCCUGCAGCCUGUGGAUCCAAACUCAGAGGUCCAGGGUAAGGUUCACCUGGAGAUGAGAUUAAAUGAAGUGAUCACAGAGAACGGCUCAGUAUGUCAACACUUACAGGUCCGAAUAAUCGAGUGCCAGGGCCUGCCAUUGAUAAGUGGGCAGAACUGUGACCCUUAUGCCACUGUGUCACUAGUAGGACCUGCCAGGUCUGACCAAAAGAAAACAAAGGUGAAGAAGAAAACCAGCAACCCUCAGUUUGAAGAGACCUUCUUUUUCGAGGUGACACGCUCCAGCAGUUAUUCCAAGAAGUCCCAUUUCCAAGUGGAAGAGGAGGAUGUGGAAAAAUUGGAGAUUAAAGUCGACCUGUGGAACAAUGAGAACCUGGCCCAGGACGUGUUUCUAGGGGAGACCCGAGUGCCUGUCAAAGUCCUGAGAAGUGAUCAAAUCCACAAAGCAUGGUAUCUCCUCCAACCUAAAGGGAAUGGCAACAAGUCCAAAUCUGAUGAUUUAGGAUCUCUGAGAUUGAAGCUGACCUACAUUGAAGACACCGUACUGCCAUCUGCCUGCUACACGCCACUCUGCAACCUCCUGAUCAAAUCCCCGGAAGUGAAGCCUAUCUCAGCGUCAGCAGCCCACAUUUUGGGGGACAUCUGCAGAGAGAGAUAUGAGGCUGUCCUGCCCACCGUACGACUGCUUCUUCAUCACAAUCGCUUUGUGCCUUUCGUCUCUGCAGUGGCAGCUCUGGAACUAGAAAACACUCAGGAGGCUAACACUAUAUUUCGUGGAAAUUCCCUGGCGACACGCUGCAUCGACGAUAUGAUGAAGAUCGUGGGAAAGAAUUACCUUGCUGUCACACUGAAGCCAGUUAUAGAUGAGAUUUGUGACUCCACCAAAUCCUGUGAGAUUGACCCAGUCAAGUUAAAAGAAGGGGACAAUGUGGAGGUCAACAAGGAGAAUCUUCAGGGUUAUGUGCAGAAAGUCUUUUCCUCCAUCACACAGUCGAGUUCCUGCUGUCCACCGCUCAUGUGUGACGUCUUCAGGUCGCUGAGGCACUUGGCCUGUAAACGUUUCCCUGUGGACCCUCAUGUGCAGUACUCUGCCGUGAGCAGCUUUGUGUUUCUGCGCUUCUUUGCGGUGGCUGUUUUCUCUCCACAUUCCUUCCAACUGCGUCCUCAUCAUCCUGAUCCAGAGAUUUCACGCACACUCACGCUCAUCUCUAAAACCAUCCAGACUCUGGGCAGCUGGGGCAGUUUGUCAAAGAAGCUGUCUAGUUUUAAAGAAACCUUCAUGUUUGACUUCUUCAAAUCCUUCCAAGAAGAAAAGUGUAUCGAAAAAGUCAAAAAGUUUCUCGAUGAGAUAUCUUCAAACGUCAGCAAAGGGUCGAGUGGUUUGGAGGACGCCGUGGUUCUGAAAGAAGGGGAAGUUCAGAAACGUGCCCAGGGAAGAAGACGCCUCGGGAAGAAGAACUUCAAGAAGAGGUGGCUGCGCGUGACGAACAGAGAACUGUCAUACCACAAACACAAAGGGAAAGAGCCUCUUUGCACCAUUAAUGUGAAAAACAUCCAGGCAGUGGAGAAACUUGAUGAAAGUGCCUUUAACCGCAAGAAUAUGUUUCAAGUUCUUCAUGCGGAGAAGCCGCUAUAUGUCCAGGCAGGAAACUGCGUGGAGGCGUGCGAGUGGCUGGAGGUCCUGGGUCAAGUCAGUCGUUGCAACGAGGGACGACUGGCCACUUUCCAUCCUUCGACUUACAGCGGUGGAAUCUGGCAGUGCUGUAAAAGCCAAAACUACAACGCCCCUGGCUGCAACCCCUGCACCACUGCCGUGCUGGCCAACCUGCAGCUGGACAUCGACUGUGAUCGGGAGACGGAAAGAAUAUUCUCCCUCCUCUGUGCCAAUGAUGCCAAACUCCAGAACAUGGAAGAUGCCUGUGCCAGUAUGGCGGUGUACCAGGGUCCACAGCGGGAGCAGGACGAGUUCUCCAAAUUCACCAUUCAGGAACCCAAAGAGACGUUUCAGACGCUCAAGCAGCUCAGGAACAUCAUGGAGGAACUUCAGCGGCAGCACGACAUCAGGAGCGACACCACCGCUCAGUACGGCAGCUUGGACAACCCCAUUGUUGGUAAAACCUCCUGAGGACCACAUCUUCAUGUCACCGGGGCCAGUCAGGAGUGCUAGCGAGGCCCUCCUGAACAAUAUCUCCACUCCCCUACAGCAGCAAAGGAACAGAGGUCUGACAGCUUCUGAGGCUUUCUGCCGACAGUCUCAUCGCUUAGUGCUGCCUCAGCACCCGCCUGGUCUGGACCCUUUACUAACAGACUCUCGUCUUAGUCCGUGUCCACAGACGUGUGGGGAAAAAAAGCAUCAGUAGACGGUGUGUGAAUAGGCUGCUAUUUUUUUAUUCACUCAGUUUUGUAUCAGCCGAUGCUGCUUCAUAAAUGUCAUCUGUCCGGAGGACUCUGCUCCGAUCCGUGCCCGCAGACAAAUCUUUUAAUACGUUGCCUUUUUUCUGAUCAAGUGUAUAUAUUUUCACAGUCGGGUGGAUCAGAAACCAGUCUGCCUUACAUCGACGCUGAGGGAAUAAUGCAGAAGCACUUUAAAUAUUUGGAUUUCUCCAAAUGGCGAAUAAAUAAUUCGAUACUUGGUAUCAGCUUUUCCCCAUUUUGAUCAGUUCCAUGAUCUCCAGUACGUCUGUGUCUCACCCCUGUACAGUAACAUUUAUAGCUCCUUGAUUUUAAAGAUGUUUUUUCUCGACCAAAGGAAAUUUCAUAGGUUUGACUUGAAAAUCAUGUAUUUUGAAUACACAUAUUUUAAAAGGAGACAAAUUAUAUCUUUGUUGUCGUUGUUGUUUUGUUUGUUUGUUGCCAGCAGAAGACUGUGGUGUUAUUUCCCGUUGGUACGAGCACAUCGAUCCACAGUGAUCGGGGGAAAGAAAAAAAAACCCAUUAUCAAUCCGGACAAUCCCAACAAAAGAAUUGGACCUUCUGUCUCUUGAGAACAUCCUGAAGAGUCAAAGAGAUUUUAAACUUGAACUUAACCAAGACAGGGUUUACUGUGUCUUAUUUUAAAGCUGUGGAAAAUGUUGUCUUUGGUCCGGCGUAUAUUUCUUAAAUUAAUGUUUAUUUAACAGUCUAUUUUUCUAAGAAUGUUUCUUUUUUUCUGAUUUUGUGUUUUGCCAUUCUUCAAUGCUUCUUGGUAAUCUUUCCACUCAUGCUAACGUGGCAUUGCUAUGCUAAAAAGCUCACUGUCGGUUAAAUUAUUCACAUCCCGCCUUUCAAACACAAUAAAAUGUCUUUUCAGUUUUUAAUUUGUGUGCAUUCCACAUGCCGGAGCGGAGUACCGUGUCGAGUCUUUAACCAAAUAGGAAAGCAAACAUGCACAUUAUAGAUAAAUCUGUGAAUGAAGGUGAACAUUCUCCUGCUAUUUAUUAAAAAUCAGAACGUUUGAAGUCGUUCAACCUUUGCCUUUUUUUUUUUUUAUACCGUGGAAGUAUUUUUAAAUGUUUCCAAAAAGACAGCCUGUUGAUCGAUACAAUGUCAGAAAAUGUAAAAGCAGAAAUUUUGUGUGUUAACUUUGACCCAUUGGAAUUUAAUAAAAACAACA